UCUUCUUCUUCUUCUUCUUCUUCAAUGGCUUCUCUCACUUCUCCCCUCUCCUCUCUCUCCCUCCACUCUCACACAUCUUCUACUGCUGCUUCUUCACGUUUCUCUCUCCUGCCCGCUUCCAAACUCACCUUCAACUUCGCCGCCGCACGCCCCCGCACACUCACCCUCGCCGCCGCAAAAUCCAAGCCCUCCGAUGACAUCGACACCUCGUUCUUCGACAACGUGAACCCAGAAGAGGAGGUCCCCUUCAACCCCCCAGAGGCCCCGGAAGGGUUCGUGGCCCCACCUUCCUUCGACGAAGGGCCAAUGGAAACGGAAGACGAAAUAGCCGCCGCAUACGAAGAAUUGUACGGACCGGCGUACAGUGGCGUGAGCGUUCUGGGAAACGACAUAUACGUGAUGGACUCGAAGAUGAAGAAGGAUACUGGGUUCGGGUCGAAGGCGAAGAAGGAGAAGGUGAAGGAUGGGUUCGAGGAGAGGGUGGUUCAGGUAAGGAGGGUGACGAAGGUGGUUAAGGGAGGAAAGCAGCUGAGGUUCAGGGCGGUGGUGGUGGUCGGAGACAAGAAGGGGAAUGUAGGUGUGGGUGUUGGAAAGGCCAAAGAGGUCAUUGCUGCUGUUCAGAAGUCUGCUGUUAAUGCAAGGAGGAACAUCAUCACUGUUCCUUUGACUAAGUACUUGACUUUUCCACACAGAGCUGAUGGAGAUUAUGGAGCAGCCAAGGUGAUGCUGAGGCCUGCAUCACCGGGUACCGGAGUGAUUGCUGGUGGGGCGGUGAGGAUUGUUCUCGAGAUGGCCGGAGUUGAGAAUGCUCUGGGAAAGCAACUAGGCAGCAACAAUGCACUCAACAAUGCCAGGGCAACUGUUGCUGCUGUUCAGAAAAUGAAGCAGUUCCGUGAGGUUGCCCAAGAGCGUGGCAUUCCAAUGGAACAACUCUGGCAAUGAGGCAAUUCAUCUUUCUCAUAUAGAUUAGAACUCGUCAUCUCUUUCUCAGAAUGUCCAAAAGAGUGCUCCAUUUUUUUUGUGUAGAAAAUUAAAAAUUUCUUCAAAGAGCUGCUUCCUCAACUUGUUUUGAAAUUUAAGUUAUUUUUUAAAUCU